AUGUUGCACGUUUUAUGAUCUCGGAUUGUUGGGUUGUUUUAAAAAUUCAAUUAAUUGUUUUAGAAAUUUUCCCUUUUUUUCAAGUUAUUUUGAAGAUGGCCAAUGUUACAAACAAUGCAACUCUGCCUCUGAAAAAGAUUCCACUUUUCAGUAUAGAUGCAAGUGCAAUAGAAGAAUGUAACCGCCAUGUUCAAGAGGAUCCUACCGUAUGGCUGGGCAACACUGCCUGCUUUAAAAAUGACCUGCAGGAUGUGUGCCUCAAGAGGGAAGUUGUGGCUCAGCUGCAGCAUGUGUACUCACACAAGGUGGAAGCAGAAUGUAAGCCCGUCACCAACCAGCGCGUGACUGGCCGCUGUUGGAUUUUUGCAGCCCUCAAUGCAAUCCGUAUUCCCUUCUGCAAGAGCCUUGGGCUUGAAGAAUUUGAGUUUUCUCAAGCUUACAUUUUUUUCUGGGAUAAGUUGGAGCGCUGCAAUUACUUCCUUAACAUCAUGGUUGACUGCUGUCGCUCCGGAGAACCCGUUGAUGGCCGCCUGAUGAGCUUCUUGCUGCAUGACCCCAUCAAUGAUGGUGGCCAGUGGGACAUGUUCUUCAACCUUGUCAACAAGUACGGCCUGAUGCCCAAGAAAUGCUUUCCCGAGUCCCAGAGUUCAGAAAAUUCUGGAACAAUGAAUUCGGUUCUGCGGCACAAGCUGCGGGAGUACACGAAGGAGAUACGCACGCUGCUGGAGGACAAGGCCGCUCCGGACGACGAGGUGCGGGCGCUGCUGCGGCGCCAGAUGCUCGAGGUCUACAGGAUAUUGGCCGUGACUAUUGGCGUCCCGCCCUCAGCCUUCACGUGGCAGUACUACGACAAGACCAAGGCCUACAAGGAGAUUGGGCCAAUCAGUCCCAAGGAGUUCUAUGAGCAGCACGUUAAGCCGGUCUUUGAUGUUGAGCAGAAGGUGUGCCUGGUGAAUGACCCAAGGCCCAGCAACCCUUACGGCCGCCUCUACAGCGUCGACUGCCUGGGCAACAUGGCGGGCGGCCGCAUGACGAUCUACAACAACCAGCCCAUAGAGACCCUUAUGAAGGUGUCGGGCGACAGCAUCAGAGAUGGAGAGGCUGUCUGGUUUGGCAGCGAGGUUGAUAAAGGCUUCGUUAGAAAAUUAGGCAUUCAGGACACGGAGGCGUUCGACUACCGACGUCUGCUGGGCGUGGAUGUGAACAAAGGCUUGAACAAAGCUGAGCGCCUCUUCUAUGGCGACUCCCAGAUGACGCACGCCAUGACCUUCACAGCCUGCCACUUCCAGCCUAGCAACGAAGUUGACGAUGGCGCGCCAGAGAAGGAGGCGGACGCCCUCCCUGUCAAGUGGCGGGUGGAGAACAGCUGGGGCGAGGAGCGCGGCGAGAAAGGUUACCACGUGCUCAGCAGACCCUGGUUCGAGCAGUUUGUUUUUGAGGUUGUGGUGGACCGCAAGUAUGUGCCGCAAGACGUGCUCGACGUCUUCACGACGCCCGUGACCGUCUUGCCAGCCUGGGACCCCUUGGGGGCCCUCGCCAGGAACAGGAUAACUAGGCUCGACUAGACCCCACCUAGCCCUGUGAUGCAGGAUAACUAGGCUCGACUAGACCCCACCUAGCCCUGUGAUGCAGGAUAACUAGAUUUGAUCAGACCCUACCUAGCCCUGUGAUGCAGGAUAACUAGGGUCGACCAGUCCCCGCCUAGCCCUCCUAAUUCCGUUCCAAAAGUAUGGGCAGUCCUAGGAAACCCUCAAUUAGCGAUUAUUUACAACAUCAGGUUUCUUUUUUUUUAGAUUAUUCACAGUGAGUUUCAUUUUUCUGUUUUUUAGAGUUGUAUUAAUUCGUUGUGUUCGAUUUGUAUACUAUUGUUUUCCUAUUUCGCUCAGACUCUUGCUCGUCUAUAUCACACUUGAAACCUGUAUGAACGACAAGAAACUGUCGCUCCCAAAAUUACUUGCUUUUAAUUAUUCACGCGUAGGAUUUUUAAAUGUGGUAUCUGUUAAAUCAUUGUUAUCUUUCACAAAAAUGUAAGAGACACGCACGCGUCAAGUAAUCGUAUCAUACACACUGCAGAGGAACCUGUACGCUACUGAACGCGAGGUAGUUAGCAGAGAUUAGCAGUCGCUGAAGUCUUGUUGAGUUGUUAGGCAGUUGUUAGCUGACCGUGGCCCUGUGCAGUCAGCCCAGUGCUACGAAGGCGGACUAGACAGUACCUGAUGUCUGACUAGUUUGUCAGUCUAGUUUUGCUAACUGGUCGAGUAUUGCCGACUAUUACCAGUGUCCCUGCUGUCGUUUCACGUAUGUGGAUUAAUGCUUCUCCUGAACUACAUGCAUUAAUGCUGUGCAAUACGGUGUUGAACUUCUCGUAUAAUCAAGUGGUUUUAAUCGGAAUUUGAGCAUAAUAAAGUAUUUUAACUUUGCGGAAUUACGAUUUUAGCAAAGUGAUUUCUAAUAAACUGUUUUAUCAUGUUUGUGUGGCUACGAUUUUAACAAAAAGUGAGUUGCUAAACUAUUUUAAGUGUGAUUUUUCAUUAUUUUAAUCCAUGGCCAUUGCACCGGCUUUUAUACUAACGAUGACUAGGAGAGUUCGAAACAGCAUUGUAGGUCAGAUAAAUGAAGCACAGUUGCCUGAAAUUCAUUUAUAUAUUGUCUUGGCCUGGAGCUGCGGGCGUUCAUCCCUGACAGUAGUGAACUAUAGGUUCAACUAAAGUUCGGUUGGCUAGUACUGUAGUAGCAGCUCCUGCCUGUGACAACUGAAUGGAAUAUCUUCUUCUUGUAUCUCUAAUAAGCUACUAAGUUUUUGUACACAUGUCGCGGUCACCGUUACGAGGUUUUUUGUCAUGAAAAUCGGCAUUCGGAAAAGCUAUUAUUGUCUCGCCGUGUUCACACUACGUACCAUCAUCCACGAAUGUUUUUUUCCUCAACUUAAAACAGUGUGGGUUGGCAGAGCAGACUCCACGCAGCACUGUAGACGUGUUCCCAAGAGUAAUCAAAUCUUUGAUAAAGAAGGAUUUAUCCUACUGAGAUGCAAGCAAAUGUGAACAAAAGUUUGGUCAGAGCGAGCGUGUUCAGCUGUGAGGACUAUCUGCACUACAGUGUUCAUCAUAACGAACGUAGCUUCAUUACAAAUUAUUCGAUUAGUGUCUCUAAAAACUAGAAAAUAUUUAAGGCAAACUCGUACGAUGCGACCGGUGAUCUUACGCGAUAUUUUAGUUUUAUGUAUUAAUUUAUAUACUAAGUUAAAAAUGACAUAGGUUUGCCAUCUCGAGCUCGAAGGCUUUGUUUUAGUUUCCAUUUUAUCUUGACUAAUUUUAUGCCUCAUUUUAAUGUACGAACAGUUGGCUCGAUAUUUGGGUGGGUUUGGCAUGUCACGCCCAUGUUUCUUGGACACCAGACUAAUCCAAUGUUCUUCUUCUAUAAUUCUGAUGCUAAAAUAAAUUUUAGCCGUAAGAUGAGUAAAGACUGGUGGUUA